AUGACUGUUUCCUACAAUCUUGAUGUUUCUUCCGCCUCGAUUUUCUCAUUUCUCCGACUUCAACUCAGAUGGAACGGUUCGAUUUGGAAGUAUUUGUUGAAAGAGUUGAUCUUCUUUGUGUCUGCAUUUUUUGUUGUCUCGUUUAUUUAUCGAAGUGAACUUUUUAUUGCUCCAGAGACCAGGAAGUGAGCAAAAUUCAUGAGAAAAUUCAAGAUUUAGAAAUUGUUUGUUUUAGAAUAUGGGAUAACUUUGCUGCCUUGUUCGAUCAGACGAUGGAAUUUAUUCCACUCACUUUUAUGCUUGGUUUCUUUGUGACAAUUAUUGUGCGAAGAUGGAAUGAUAUUUUUGCGAAUUUGGGAUGGGUUGAUAAGUGAGUUUUUUUUUGAAAAUAAUUCUCGGGAAAAAUACGGCGCCAAGGCGACAUCCUGGGGCGCCAAGGCGGGAAGUUCUCUCGCCUCGGCGCUAAAAAGGUGCGCAGAGAGAACGCACCGGCGCUAAAAUGGUGCGCCAGUGAGAAAAAAAAAAUAAAAAAAGGUGCGGGAAAGGGGCAUCGAACUUGGGUCAAAACAAUGACAACCCAUCCUCUUAUCCACUCGGACACGCUUGCUACAUUAUUAGUGCGGAAAAUUUCGAUGAAAAGAGAAAAAAAGUCAUUUGUAUGGUAAAAUAAUGGAUUUUUUAUGAAAAUGUCGCCUCGGCGCUGAAAAGGUGCCGUAAUUUUCCCGAGAACGUUUUUCCGCCUGUUGGAGUUUGCUAGGGCGCGUUUGCUAGAUCACACUCAAAGAAAAUCACUCGUGAACUUUGGGCUCAAAAUUAUUUUAAUUGAAACUUUGGUCAAAUUUCAGAUUUUACUGAAAAAAUCCCAAACCUAAAGAAAGAACGGAAAAAAUAAAAGUGUGUGUCAACACCGCCUGGUCCGCAAACAUUUAAUCUUACGCGCUGACGCGAAAAGGCGCUGCAGAAUAGAAAACACGCUGCUCGCCUACUGUAUUUUUUGGGGAUUUUUAAAAAUGGGAACCCCCGGGGGUUAAAAAAUGGGAACCCCCCCCCCCGGAUUUUAAAAGGGACACGUUAAAUGUAUGAACAUUGGGAACCCUGAGAGUCUUUCAAGCUUUGCUUUUCCCAGGGAGAAUACUAGUCUUUAAAAAAAAACUCCAAUUCCCGCAUUUGCCACAAAGUUCGAUGGAGCGCACUUGCCUCCCCCCUCUCAUAUUUUUUUCGAAAAAACCUCUAUUUCUAGCACUGCCCUAACUGUUGCAAAUUAUAUCCGAGGAACAGAUGAACGUACUCGAAUGAUACGUCGAAAUGUGAUCCGUUACAUGGUUCUCACCCAAGUCCUCGUAUUCCGCGACAUCUCCCUCCAAGUUCGCCGCCGUUUUCCAACCCUCGAAUCAAUUGUCGCUGCCGGUUUCAUGCUUGAACACGAGAAAGAGGCAUUCUACAAUGUCCCUUUAAAAUAUUCAAAAUAUUUUCUGCCAAUUCAAUGGUCUUCGGGAUUAUUGUUUGAGGCAAGAUCUGAAGGAAAAAUCGCGGCGGAUUUAUUGAUGAAUGAGAUUGGUAAACAUAUCAUCGAGUUUCGGAAAGGUCUCGCACUUCUCAGUAAUUAUGAUUGGGUUCCGAUUCCGUUGGCAUAUCCACAAGUUGUUUUUCUUGCUGUACGCUCGUAUUUUGUGAUGGCGUUGAUUGCGAGACAAUCGGUUCUUUUGGAUGGAAAACCGCCAGAGCAAGCAAGUUUGGUAAGAGUUUUAAAAUGUUUUCUUGAAAAAUUCCGCAAUCAUUUCUUUCAUUUUUGCAGUUAUAUCAUUUUGUGCCAUUUCUCAUGUCAAUUCUUCAAUUCAUUUUUGUUGUUGGUUGGAUGAAAGUGGCUGAAAGUAUGAUAAAUCCAUUGGGAGAGGAUGAUGACGAUUUUGAGUGUAACUUUUUAUUGGAUCGAAAUUUGGCUGUUGGUUUGGCGAUUGUUGAUGAUUGUUAUAAUCAGAUUCCGGCGAUUGAGAAGGAUAUGUUCUGGUGUUCCGAUGUUGAACCUUUAUAUUCAGUGGAUACUGCGAUGAUUCCAAAGAAUCCACAAGUUGGUUCAGCAGCCAAUUAUGAGUGAGUUGAUGAAAGGGAACCUUGAAAUUAGUAGAGGUCCGUAGGAAUUUAUCUCUAGAAUGUUCAUAACAAAAUUUCCAGCUGUCCGAACACCAAAGUAAACGACGAAGAAGAAGUUAUGAUGAUGCCUCACAUGGAUGACGUCAUAGAUUUAUACGACUUCGAAUCAACCAACCACCUCAUUCCACGCAAAACCUUUUCAGUAAUGUCAAUCGGUGGUCCCUUUGGAAGUCGCGCAAGUCUCUCAUCACCCAGAAAGCGAAGUAUGAUGAUUGAUUCAUUGUCAAGGAAAAUCGCGCGAAAACAGAAUCGCAAUUUUUUCAACAAUUCGAAUUCACAAUCUCAAGCCACUUUGAACUUCAAUUGUGAUUCAGCUUCACCAAGUGAAAUUAAUUUAUCAAAUCUGGAAAUGAAUACCAGUCUUAAGCGGAAAAUUUCAAAUUCUAAACUUGUAAUGCCAAGUGAGUAACUUUUUUUGUAAACUUUGAAAAAUUGAGUGAAUCUGAUCAGAAAUUUCAAAUUUCAGCGCAACUCUCCGAAGACCAGCUGAAAAUGUCAACAGAAGUGUUGCCAAUUGUUAUCGAGGAAGACGAGGAUAAAACCCGAACCCUUGAAAAAAAUAAUUCAUCUGAUUAG